AUGAGCGUCGUACCGUCAGCAACUUCGGGGACCAUGAACAGACUGCCUGGUUCCGGAAGGACAGGCGCUAUGGGCCGCACUAUCGUGGAGACCAUUGUCCGCGACGGAAUUCACAACGUAGUGAUUCUCGCCAGAACAGCCAACCCCGAGAAAGAAGCUGAAAUUGGACCCCGUAUCAUCUCCGUCGACUACUCGGAUAUCAACCAGCUCCGUAGCACACUGGAGACUUUUUCAAUCAGCACCGUUAUCUCAACGCUCACUUCGUCUCUUGGCAUAGAGUCUGAGCUCAAUCUCAUUCAAACCGCAAGCAAGUCGGUCGUGACGAGGCGAUAUAUCGCAAAUGUGGAGUCGAAGACCUGCUUCCUCAAUGGGUUUCUCUCCGACUACUUCGUUAUGCCUCGCGGAAAGUCGCAUAUGACGCCUCUAGUGGUUUUGGUCGACAUGAUGCACAACACGGCUACCGUUCCAGGCUCUGGGUCAGUUACUGUUGUUAUGGCGUACAGCUUCGACAUUGCAAAGUUUGUCGUCAUAGCUCUGGGUCUGGAUCACUGGGAGAAGGAGAUGUAUUUCAUUGGGGAUAGGUUGACUCUGACCGAGGUCGUGGCUUUGGCAGAAAAGACCAAGGGAGCCAAGUUCAGCAUUACGCACAACUCGAUGGGGAAUUGGCAAGCCGGGGAAGUCUGUGAACUUCCGGCACACAAGGAUUACUACCCUCAUUUGACCUUAGUAGCGUUUCCCUCGAUAUAA